AUGCCGUUAGCACGGUCCCCGCCCAGGAGGCCGGUUAAUUUGCCUUCCGAGGCGGCCGAGGCGCGGAAAGCGGAGGCCUCAGUCGCGCGGUCAUCACCACCUCCGUCGAGCUCUUCAUCUACCGAUUUCUUACCGACCUGGAGACCGAUAGUGGAUUUCAACCCCGCAACUGACAGCCCUGACGCAUCUCAGGCAACCGAUAUUACCGAUAGCCAGGAACAAACGCCGAUGUCUCCACUCGACAUUGGCACUCUCAUCCAAGAAUCAUUGGGUAAAAUCAAGGACAACCUCACAGCUAUAUCUACAAAAGUCUACGAGGGGACCUAUCUCUCCAGAGUAAACAAAGAUAGGAUCAACUCCACAGCUCUCGGCUCUAUCAAAGAAGUCGAAAACAUUCAGACCCUACUUGGAACACUGCUCAGUUUACCGUCUCCUCUUGCUAGGCCGGAUACCACCCUCGAAACUACUAUUCGUACCGACCAAACUGACGCAUCAGUCGCCACAGAAAUAGAAACGCUAAAGAGCGACAUCGCCGAAAUCAAGGCCCUGCUCACCUCCAGACCUAAGACCACCUAUGCGGCGGCAGCGGCGGCAACCAGGAAGCCAGCAACGACGCUGCGAGCACCUGUGAACAAACCAGUCCGAAAGUAUAGACCGGCAAUCAUAGUCGAGUCGAAAAACGAAGUCAAAAGCAGCGAAGAGACUCACCAAAAAUGGCGACAGGCCGUCUCUUUUAGGGACACCAACUUCACCCCUGCCAACGUUAAAUAUGUGUCGAACAAUAAGAUCAGGGUAGAAUUCGACACCCAGCAGGAACUGGACACAGCCAUAGAGAAGGUAAACAAGCCCACCUCCUCCGUGAGUGCGGUCAUCGCCAGGAAACUCAACCCUAUGUUCAUCCUGAAAGGUAUAUCUAACAGUACACCCGUGGAAGAACUGACCGACAUUAUCACCACACAGAACGAUUGCGUGAAGGAAGCGACUACUCCCGACGCUACAACCGGAGAUAUCAAAUUCGCAUUCAAACGAGGCAACAGAAACCCUCGCCUUUACAACGCGGUGUUCACCGCCUCCCCUCGCCUGUACAAAUCCAUCGUCGACGCCCACCACAUUAACAUCGAUCACCAGCGGGUACACGUGGAAGCGUACACCCCGCUUCUCCAAUGCUUCAAGUGCUUGAGGUUCGGGCACUCUAGGAAAAAGUGCACUUAUGAAAAUACAAUUUGCUCCCAUUGCUCCUCCAGCGGUCACCAGUACCGAGACUGCCCACACAAAGCAGACUCUAGCCAGGCCAAAUGCUACAAUUGCGCCCAACGGAAAUCCGCAGCCGACUCCUCCAAACAAUCCACCCACUCGCACAGCGCCACAUCCUCCUCGUGCCCUCAGGUGCAACGCAGACAUAGAAAUCCACACGCUUUAAGGUUCCUUCAAGCCAAUCUAGGCAAAGGAUUCCAAGCUCAGCACGAAUUCUUCCAGUAUUUUCAUAACAACGACUACCAAAUCGCACUCAUAAACGAACCCUACACCGGCUCUGGAACCACUGUCACAAACACUCACGGACACGACGUUUACCAGUACACCGAUGGCAGCCGUGUCAAAGCUUGCAUAGUGGUCAAAAAAGGAAACAUCUCUACUAUCGGAAUGAGGCAGCAUUCCAGCCCUAAUCUGUGCUCGAUCAGAAUCAACCUCAACGGUGCGAAAGUCUAUGUCACGUGCAUCUACCUCGAACCCCGGAUAAGCGGGGCGGCUGCGGCCGCACAAAACUGCAUCGUCGACCGAACACUCCAUGAUCUAGAGGAAUUUGUUCAAGCCGACCCUGACGCCGCUCACAUCAUCGGAGGGGAUCUCAACGGAUGGCACCCCAUGUGGGGCUCUCCUAGAGCUAACCGUCGAGGUAAUGAGAUCGCCGAGUUUAUAAUGACGUCCAACCUGAUUGUGUGCAACACGGGUGUCUCCCCCACCUUCGUCUCGACAACAUCCGGUGCAGUUCGAGAGUCAAUAAUAGACAUCACUCUGGCCUCUGGCCGGGCUGCGGACAGAAUAUCCAAUUGGAGGGUCAAUCCCGACGCAUGUCCAGCAUCAGACCAUCAUGCGGUGGAAUUCUUCUAUGAUGUCAACAAACGCGAUUUGAACCGCCAUGCAAAACUCACCACUUUCAAAUACGCCACCGCGGGGGUCUCUUGGAGUGAGUUCAAGGACAGGCUCGACGAGCUACUCCCUGCGGAAUUAAAAGAAUACACUGACAUCCCAACCAUGAACUCAAUGGAAUUGGAGAACUUCAUAGAGGAAUUGACAACUGCAGUUCAAACCGCAUGCGAUCAACUGCUUCCUUGCACCCAACCCCGCACUGCCAGGUGUCCGUGGUGGAGCGAGGAGUUGGAAAGCAGCAAAAGGAAAGUCAUCCGGCAACACCACAAAUUAAUUAGGCUGAAACGGCAAGGCAGACCCCUGGAAGAGGCUAUAGCGGUCAAGAACUCCCUACGUGCGGAAUACUCCAAACUAUUUAAUGAAAGCUCCACCAGGCACUUCCGGGAAUUUUGCAACCGGCAGGGAAAGGAAGACGUCUGGUCCGUCACUAACCGGAUCGUCAAAACGCGUCCCUGCCCGCAGCCCCCAUCCACUGUCCAGAAAGCUGAUGGCUCAUUCACCCGCAAUCCACAGGAAACCGCAGAGGUGUUACUCGACAAAUACUUUCCGGAUGACACUGCGGACACUAGGCAGUCGCAUCUCAAAUAUCGGCAGGCGAGAGAGUCACCGCCCCCCAUUAACCGAGACGAGCCCCCGUUCACGAAAGAGGAAACACUACUGGCGGCCAGGGAGAUGAACCCGAAGAAGGCACCUGGACCGGACCAUCUGACCGCUGACAUUGUUCUAGCAGUCACUGAAUCCCUCCCCGAGGUCGUCACAGCGAUCAUGAACAGAUGCCUCACGAUCGGCUACUUUCCUAAAGUAUGGAAAGUGGCCCGUAUAAAACUCAUUCCGAAGAACGGGCAGGGCAACGGCAACGCCGAACAACCUAAAUCGCGUCCAAUAGGUCUCCUCAAUAACAUGGGCAAGCUUCUAGAAAAACUCAUCACCCGACGUCUCACUCACCACAUCCACACGACCAACGCCAACAAUACCCAGCAAUAUGGGUUCAAGCCUCAGGUCUCUACCGCCCACGCCCUCGACAACGCCAUUAACCAUAUAAAAGCCGCCUCUACAGCACGAGACCAGGUCCUAGCCGUGUCGUUGGACAUCAAGGCAGCAUUCGACCAUGCUUGGUGGCCUAUUAUACUCAGCAGACUCCGACAUAUCAAGUGUCCGCGCAACUUAUACUGCAUUUUGGACAAUUACCUGAAGGACCGUUGGGUAACAUUGAAUCUGGCCGAUGUCACGGCAGCCAAACCACUGUCCAGAGGCUGCAUCCAAGGUUCAGUCUGUGGCCCGACCAUGUGGAAUCUGGUCCUGGACGAGCUGUUCGAUCUGCAUCUGCCGGAGGGGUGUCAUCUUCAGGCCUUUGCAGAUGACGUCCUGCUGAUUGUGCGUUCGGACUGCUCCUCCAGGCUGGAACAAACCACAAAUGAAGCCCUCAACAUAAUCCACCAAUGGGGUCUCGACUCCAAAUUAACAUUCGGUCCAUCGAAGACCGUCGCCGUCCCAUUUACCAGCCGGGCUCGCAAGUGCCGUUUAUACAUGGACGGGCAGCCUAUUCCUCUCUGCAACCAGAUGAAACUACUCGGAGUAAUCAUCGACAGGAAACUCAAAUUCGUCAACCACGUCAAUUACGUCAUAGAUAAAUGCAAAAAAUUGUACAACAAACUCAUCCGUUUCAUCCGUCCCACCUGGGGAAUAAACCCACAUAACGUUAAGACUCUUUACCUUCAAGUUAUCGAACCCAUCCUUUGUUAUGCAUCCUCUAUCUGGAGUACAGCCCUCAAAUAUAAAUACUGUCGAGACAAACUCGUGGCUCUGCAGAGAGGAGUAGCCAUCACCAUCAUAAGAGGCUUCAGAACCCUAAGCUCUCCCGCGGCAAUCACGCUGGCCGGAUUAUUUCCCGUAUGCGGGAGAAUCAGGGCGGCGGCGCAAUCCGAGUCGGCCCGCAUCAAGAAGGUCACCGACGCGCUCCCGCAUGACAUCCCACUGGACUCACCUGCACCUCCUUCGGACCUCUUACACCCCAGCCUGCGCCGAGGCAUCACUUACCAGGAAGCACACACCGUCGAACAAGUCACUGAACUUCUAAACACAGACUCCUACUCCUGCUACACUGACGGGAGUAAGCACGAACGUGGAGUCGGCGCCGCUGUGAUCAUCCGAAGCCCAGGCGGGGCAACUAUCGCUACCAAGAAACUCAAACUUCACGGAGCGUGCUCGGUCUUCCAGGCGGAGAUGGUCGCCAUCGACCGGGCCUGCGAACACAUCCUGCAUAACAAUCUCACACCUGCAACUGUCCUGCAACAGACAGCAUGUCGUCCCUUCUGGAACUUGCCAACCCAAACAAUAUCAUUCAUAUGGACCCGUUCGCACAUUGGGAUACCCGGGAACGAAGAGGCAGAUCUGGCGGCAAAGGCGGCCGCAAAUUCCCGAACAGCUCCAAUGUUUGCCAAAUUUCCGCUUAGCUACACGAAACAUCACUAUCUGAAACAAAGCAGCGAAGAGCUUCAGGAGCUAUACAACGACGCCAACAACUGUCAACAGAUAAAACAGUGGUGUCCGAACUACGACGUUCUUUCCAAAGUUAUUCAAGUGCUACCCCCUGACUUCCAUUUCACACAAUUCUAUACAGGACACGGAUAUCAUAAAGCUUACCUUAAACGUUUCGGGAUCAUCCCUGAGGACAAAUGCCCAUGCAACGCCGACCUCCAGCAAACCAUGGAUCACCUCAUCCGGGCCUGCCCAAGGUUCGACUCCACCAGACUCGACCAUGAGACCGCUUGCCGAAUGGCCGGCGUCGCCGACCCAUACAACUUACUAGAGAUCAUCGGAAAAGAAUCCACUGUGCAUAGCUUCAAAACACACAUCAGAUGCAUUAUCAACAACGCCAAGUCUUUUAACCGAACCUAA